AUGAUCGAUGCGAUCAAUGCUGCCGUUGCCUCCGAGGCGAAGUCGACAGGUGCGUCUGAGCCCGUGGUUGAGGAGAUCUAUGCCAAGCUCAAAGAAAGCGGUUUUGAUUCUAAGCAGGUGACUACACUCGAGUUCAACUCUUUCUUGGAGCGGAAGCUCUGGCCAGGAUUUGAAACGGAAAAAGCAAGUCUUGCGCACUUGAUAACCAUCGCGCUUCUCAUCAACGAGAAGGUGCGAGAUGGAAGUGUUUCUGCAUGGGAUUCUGUGGCUGCCCGCAAAGAGAAGUUCUCGGGCUACUUUGAGAGCAUGCUGGAGCUGUGGAAGUCUGGGCGGUUGACACUUCGGGAAAAGUCUCACGUCCUUCAGUUCCUCAUCAAUUGCUUCCAAAGCUUGGAGCAAGACUUCGUGCGCGAGUGUUGCUUAAGGCUCACAGGCUUGCAGUCUUGGUUUCAUUUGAACGACCUCCAUCGAGAGAAGCUGUUGUCUUUGAACAAGAAGUUGCCCGCAUUUUGGAAGAAAGUUCAGAAGAAGUAUGCUGAUCCCAAGACGCCGCAGGCCAAGCACGAGCGGAAUUUCAUGUCCGAACUGCUCGAUGAGUUCUUGGCGUCGCUGGAGAAGUUUGGAGAGCUUACUGACUUGGGAGUAGAGGAGCUUUCCUACCUAGAGCGCUGCAUCGAGCUGAUGAUCGAUUUGCUGGAUCAGCUGCCUACGCGGCGCUUCUUCCGACCGCUGUUGGUGGACAAGCAUGUCGUUGUGCGUUGCAGAGGAUCCAAAGUGGCGCAGCUGCCACAAGCUCGUUUGGUUAAUCAGCUGCUUGGAAUUCUCAGAUACUACGAAAACUUCGAGAUAGACGACACGACUGGGAAGCCACUCUCGCGCCGUGAAGUCACAGAUCUUCACUACGAGCGCUUGCAGCUCCUGCAGAGAGUAUGCUUCCAGGAGUUUUCAGACAAUCCCAGCCUGAAGCAGAUCAUGCUGGUGAAUGUCGCGAAGCUAGACACCAGGGAAGCCCUCCUGGAACACUUCGAGCCCUUGCCGUUCGAAGUCCUAAAGGUACUCUGUGCCAAAGUCUGCUAUCUUGAUGUCUCCCGGGAUACCACGCUGGCAGCCAUGGAGCAGAAGGUGCGGGAUGCGAUUGCAGCACAGGAGGCUCAGGAGGCCGAGAAAGAGGCAACGGAGCCCAAAAAGAAGAAGCGGAGAAAGAAGGUGAAGACAGAGGAAGAAGAGCGGAUCUGCAAGCUUCUCGUGGAAAUUCUUGUCAACCGAUUGGAACGUCCGGUGAUGCAGCAAGAUGACGUGAUGAAGAUGCCUUUGUACCCGACGGAGGACCUGAUUUGGGAUCCAAAUCUUGUCCCAGAAGAACACUACUCAGGUGACUACACCCUGGCCCUUCCCAAGCUCAACCUGCAGUUCCUCACGAUACACGACUACCUGCUGCGAAACUUCAAUUUGUUCAGAUUGGAGUCCACGCAUGAGAUACGAGAUGACCUUCAAGAUCAGAUCCCCAGGAUGAAAGCCUCCGCCGAGCAAGACGGUGGCACGCAUUUCUCCGGCUCCGGACGGAUGAUGGUGCCUUUGGGCGGGCUGGAAGUCAUGAACGUGAAGAGGCCCAAGGUAGGAGAGGAGGUUCCAUCGGAAGUCCGGGCAGAAGUCCGCUGGUCCUUGACGGGAGUUCUGCCGCAGAUCCGAGAAGAAUGGGAUACGCUGAGAGAGCACGAUGUGAUAUUCCUGAUCAGGAUCAAAGCUCCAGAGGAGCCCUACGAUGGCAGGGUUGCCGACCUCACAGUGGCGGAGUUUCCAGAGAAGUUCGGUGUCGUGAGCGUGCGUGGAGCAGAGAUCACGGAGCUGCUUGACGACGAAGGCAAUGUCAUCAGCGAUCCGAACCCUGCAGAGCGCAAGACUCCCGUUGGAGACGGACGAGUAGCACGCGUGAUUUUGGACCCUGCGCAGUACCAUCAGGACUUGGAGGCCAUGGCGUCUGGGAAGACCGAGAUCUACAGCAACUUGAACCUCGUCCUGCGCCGCAAGCCGAAGGAGAACAACUUCAAGGCCAUCCUUCACACGAUCAGGAGCCUGAUGAACAAUGAGGACACAGUUGUUCCUGACUGGCUCCAUGAUCUCUUCCUCGGAUACGGAGACCCCGGAGCGGCUCAGUACUGGAAGCUUCCAACCACGCUGAGCGAAAUUGACUUCAGAGACACCUUCCUGGACGAAGACCACAUACUGGAAUCCUUUCCCGACGCUGAAGAUAUCGAUGUGCCGGAGGACUUGAAGAGGCCUUUCAAGUUGAAGUUCGAAGCAGUCAAGGGCACAGGCGCCAGCACUCUCAGCUCCAAGAGGCCACAAGAACGAGUGGUCGCUUCGGCAUACACUUUGCCCAACAUGGGCCCGUACCCAGAGUGCAUGCCGAGAGAGAACUCGAUCCGCUUCACGCCCGUGCAAGUGGAGGCUAUCCGGUCGGGCGUGAACCCUGGCUUGACCAUGGUCGUGGGACCUCCUGGAACUGGCAAGACCGACACUGCCGUGCAGGUUGUGAACCUGCUUUUCCACAACUUCCCAGACCAGAAGAUCGUGCUCGUGGCACAUUCCAACCAAGCCCUGAAUGAUCUGUUCGAGAAAAUCGUGGCACUUGACAUCCCUGAGCGCUACCUGCUCAGACUGGGUCGCGGUAUUGAGGAGCUGGAUGCAAAGCAAGACUUCUCCAAGUGGGGUCGAGUCAACCACAUGUUGAAGCGCCGAAUAGAUCUGCUGGCUAAAGUAGAGCGAUUGGCUGACACCUUCGGUCUCUCUGGACAGGACGUGGCCUACACUUGCGAAAACGCGCAGCAUUUCUUUCUGCACCAUGUGCGGUACCGGUGGGAAGAGUUCCACAAGAAGCUGGGCAUAGUUGGCAAAAACGGUGCCAACAUCCACAAGGUUCUGGGAAAGACCGGGACGAAGAAGCGCCGCCUCGACGAAGAGGCAGCGGAGGCAGCAGAUGGCAGGCAAAAUGAAGACGAGAACAGCGAGGAGGUGAAGAGGAUACGUGAGCAGCUGUUGAGUGGCCAGAAGACCGUGAUCAGUGUCUUAUUUCCUUUCACAAAGUUCUUUGCGGAUGCUCCUCAGCCACUUUUCCCUUCAGAGUCCCACGAAGCAGACCUAGAAAUUGCCGAAGGCUGCUUCCGGUACUUCGAGAAUAUGUUCAGGGAGAUUGAGGAAUGCCGUGCCUUCGAGCUUUUGCGGAACGGCCAUGAUCGUGGUGACUACCUGAUCACAACGCACGCUCGAAUCAUUGCGAUGACUUGCACCCACGCUGCUCUUACAAGGUCAACCUUGGUGAAUUUGUCCUUCAAGUACGACAACCUUCUGAUGGAAGAAUCUGCACAAAUCCUGGAAGUGGAGACGUUCAUACCGAUGCUGCUGCAGAAUGCCGAGAGCGGUGUGAGCAGGUUGAAAAGGGUGAUGCUCAUCGGGGACCACCACCAGCUGCCUCCGGUCGUCAAGAACCGGGCGUUCCAGAAGUAUGGGCACCUGGACCAGUCUUUGUAUGCCCGAUUCGUGCGCCUGAAGACACCGACGGUAGACCUCAAUCUGCAGGGUCGAGCGAGGCCCAGCAUCGCCGAGCUCUACAGUUGGCGCUACAAAGAUCUUGGCAAUCUGCCGAAUGUCCUAACGGACGACAGGUACCGGUAUGCGAACCCGGGACUAACUUAUGUGUAUCAGUUCGUCAACGUUGAAGACUUCGAAGGCCGAGGAGAAUCACAACCAACGCCGUACUUCUAUCAGAAUUUGGGAGAAGCCGAGUAUUGCGUAGCACUCUUUAUGUAUAUGCGCCUUUGUGGAAUCCCCGCUCACAAGAUCUCCAUCCUGUCGACCUACAAUGGCCAGAAGGCCUUGCUGAGAGAUGUGGUCAGGACACGGUGCUCAUGGAAUCCGCUGUUUGGAGAGCCUGCCAAGAUUACGACAGUGGACAAGUUCCAGGGACAGCAGAAUGACUUCAUCAUAGUCUCGUUGGUGCGAACAGCACAUGUGGGCCACCUCCGCGAUGUCAGACGACUCAUCGUCACGAUGAGUAGAGCUCGCUUCGGGCUCUACGUGUUUGGAAGGUUUUCGCUCUUCGAGAACUGCUUCGAACUCACUCCAGUAUUCAGCCGCUUUGCGAGACUACCUCGCGACUUGAGUUUGGAGCUGCUCGGCCGCAGAAGCUUGAAACCAUUUCGCGAUGACACUCGGGUUCAUGUUGGCUACAGCUCGAUAUCCUCACUGGGGCUAUUCAGAGAGCUUGGUGCGGUGGUGGAAAUUGACAGCCUGACGAAGUUGAAGUGCCCGGUGGCCCCACAAUAG